GCCAAUUUCCCUCCAUAUGGAUUGACUUGAAAGGCAGCUCUUGUUCUGGGAAAAAAGCCCAGGAAUUCUUUGGUUGGCCACCAGUGAAGUUCCUCCUCCAUCUGGGCUGCUCCUUAUUUCUCUUCUGUCAGAAGGUGGAGCUAUAUAUAUAUAUAUAUAUUGAGGGUGCAUGGAAUACAUCACUUGCGUUAAGAAGAAUCUGCACUUCCCGAGGCUUUUCAGCAGACCACAUUCCACCACACAAGAUAACAGUUUAGUAAGACCAUGGCUGGGAAACCCAAGCUUCACUACUUCAACGGAAGAGGGAGAAUGGAAACCAUAAGGUGGAUUUUGGCUGCAGCUGGGAUUGAGUUUGACGAACAAUUCAUUGACUCAAAAGAAGAUCUACAGAAGUUAAAAAAAGAUGGAUACCUGCUUUUUGAACAGGUGCCCAUGGUGGAAAUUGAUGGGAUGAAGCUGGUGCAGUCGCGAGCCAUUCUCAAUUACAUCGCAGCAAAAUACAACCUCUACGGGAAGGACUUGAAGGAGAAAGCAUUGCUUUUAAAGAGAGGAUAAGUAGCAUCCCCACAAUUAAGAAAUUCUUGCAGCCUGGCAGUGCACGAAAACCUCCACUAAACGAGAAGGCGGCAGCUGAAGCAAUAAAAAUUUUUCACUAAAUUUUGGCUGGGAAUCUGGGGGUCAUUAACUGGUGUAGAUAGAAAUGCUGACUUUAGAUGGGGCAGUAACUGUACAUCAAGUGAUUGUAAGGGACUGUAACUUGGCAGGCCUCUGCUUCAGGAUCAAUCAACAAUCAAUUACAGCAGAAAGAUCAAGAUGUGUAAAGAUAGAACUUUGCCAUUAAACUAACCUGAAAUAAAACAUUCUAAACCAAUA